AUGGCUACCGAGGCGCCAGACCCACGAACCUUUGAGACAUGGGAAGAUGCAUUCCAAUACCCAAUUCCCGUCGUUCGUAGGCUUGAACAGCAGCUCCGCAACAAUGCUCACGACAAUCGAGAGAAGCUGCGAUCCCUCGUGGGGGCGAGCUACCGUAGCCUCCUCCAUACCGCGGAAACCAUCAUCGACAUGGAGGUGCGCAUGGGACAGGUCGAAACCAAGCUCGCAGUACUCUCGGUCCUGCGCAAUGCGCCGCUGGUCGCGACACGUCUUAUGAAAAGAGAAGGGUCAUAUUUGCUCAUAGCAAAGGUACUGGUCAUAUCGCGACUACUUCACAAGUCGCUCAGCCAGUCUGCGAACAACCCGCCAAUUGUGGGCCAGCUCUGGGAGAAACUCCUAUCCGUACGGAGGAAGCUUUUACGAAGAAUCGAUAAGCGACUCUCGAAUACAAAUGGAGAGGUGGCAAGUCUGGUGGAGAGCAUGUGCGCGUAUGCGCUUGCGACAAGCUCAACGCCAACAGAUGUGUUGCACCACUUCCACAAAAUGCGUUUGGACAAAAUGAACAGCGAGCUCAGGGCGGGUAGUGAUGAACUUGCGAAGCAUGGUAUUAAUGCCCUGAAGCUAUGUAUUCAGACGUGUCUCGAUACGCAAACCAUCUUUCCGCGACGGUUGGCUGAAUCGCUGGCAAAGCUCAAGGCGCAUCCGUUGAUUCGAGAUCCCGAGAUUCGCGGACUAUACGAGCUGAACCUGGACGUGCACGACCGAUGGCUUAGUGAUGAGGCGCGGAAUUACACGCCAUGGCCGCGACACGACGAGUUGCAGCGACCCGAAGCCGAGCGCAUACUGCACCGAUGGUCGAAAGAUGCUGUCACAAAUUUCCUCAAGGGCGUCAAGGCAGCACUUGAGGGAGAAGAACGCUUACAAGAGGUUGCGAACUUGAGACAGGAGCUGAUAGAGACGUGGAUUUUGUCGGGGUCACGAAUGGCAGGUGUCAAAUCAGCGAAUGUUCUUGAUGAUUUGCGCGAAACCAUGAGUGAAAAGCUUGAAAAUAUCGUGCGGUCGCGUACGAGUGGACUGCAAACUGUUGUCUCCGAUCUCACGACACGGCUGGAUGCUGUUGCAGCAUCCAAAGAAGCAUCUGCACUAUCCCUGUGGAGCACCAUUGACAAGGCGUCGGACCUCAGCAACGGUGCGCAAACGUUCAAAUCUACCAUCCUGAACACACACCAAGGACGCGACGAGUCCGUCAUAAGCGUCAUCUCUGCAUUCGACAACUGGAUGGAAUCCGUCUUGGAAGUCAAGGGCAUCGUGAAAAGCAUGAAAGAAGCUCGAUGGGACGACACCUUUGCCGAAGACGUCGACGACGAUUCAGACGAUGAUCUUGGCGAUUCAAAGCAGACUCUACUCAGCGAUGACGAUCCAAAGCUACUAGAAGAAGCCACACAGGAAGCACUUGGUGAGGCGAUGCAAAACCUGGGCCGAAGCUUCUCGGCAAUGACCAAACCCUCGGACGGCGGAGACGCAGACGGCUCAAUCCAAAAAGCAACCUUCAUCCUCCGUGUCGUCCGAGAAAUCGGUGAUCGGCUACCUCGUCUACGACUUCAGGAAAGAGCAACAUCUCUCCCGUCGCCUUUUACAGCAGAUAUACUGCAGCCUCUGUAUAUGACUCUAGCCUCGCACACUGCACAGCCGAAUUUGGACAAGUACAAAAUCUCGCUUCAUAGCUCACUAAAUGUAAAGACGAAAAGCUAUAUCUUGUGGGAAGGCCAUCCUCCGUUACCGAGUCAGCCGUCGCCUAGCGCGUUUAGGUUCUUGCGCGAGUUGGAUAAGAGUAUGAGAGCUUUAGGGAGUGAUCUCUGGGCUCCGAGCUGUGUGUCUGUGCUUAAGAGUUGCGUAGCUGAGGAGUUGAACGGCUUGGUGGGGGAGCAGGUUGACGCUAUUACUGCGGGGGAGCAAGAUGAUGGGCAGGACGUUGAGAAGGCAGAGAGCGAGGAAGAAGAGAAAGAGAAAGAAGAAAAGGACGAUGCUUCUGCAGCUACCAAGGAUGAAGACAAGGCAAAGCCUACUGAAUCUUCGUCGGAGCUGAAGAACCAAAGACUCAAGCAACUGUUCUUCGAUCUGUUGUAUAUACAGCGCUUUGUUGACCCGAAUGGUGGAGAGGACAAGGUUAGCACUCUGCGCCUGAAAGUAGACGUCACAGAUCUGGAUGACGCUGCUAUGAGUAGGUUGAAGAAGAAUGCUGCAGAUUAUGCGAAGAAGACGUAUCUGCUUUUUGCGCUGCUAGCAUAG